CCUACAAAGCAGCAAGGCUUCUCAGAGCUGAGCUUCAAGAAUCAUACAAAUCAAAUUAAGCUUAAUUAGCUUAAAUAUAUAUAAGAGUGAUAAUAUAUGGCGGACGCGGAGAACCAGAGCAGCAGCGUAAUCACGAAGCAGGACGAGGAAGAGGACGAUGAUGUUCCAGUAAUACUCCCAGGGUUUCGUUUCCAUCCCACAGAUGAAGAGCUGGUGGGGUUCUAUCUCAGAAGGAAGGUGGAGAAAAGGGAGUUAAGCAUGGAACUCAUCAAACAGAUCGAUAUCUAUAAAUAUGAUCCCUGGGAUCUUCCAACAGAGAGCAGUAAUGUUGGAGACACAGAAUGGUACUUCUUUUGCAAAAGGGGGAGGAAAUACAGGAACAGCAUCAGGCCUAAUAGGGUCACAGGCUCCGGGUUCUGGAAAGCAACCGGCAUCGAUCGCCCCAUCUACUCCUCCGCCCCCGCCGCCGGAGAAAAUCACCGCCACUGCAUUGGCCUGAAAAAGUCGCUGGUUUACUACCGUGGAAGUGCCGGGAAAGGCACUAAAACCGAUUGGAUGAUGCACGAGUUCCGCCUUCCGGCCGACCAUGACAAAAGCACCAAACACAUCGCCGAUAUCCAAAGCAUUGCUCAAGAAGCUGAAGUAUGGACUCUGUGUAGAAUAUUGAAGCGCAGCGUGUCUCACAAACGUGAAUGGAAAGAAGUAUCUGCAAAGAGGAGUAAUCACUAUGCGAAUGUCAACUCCACCACAUACAAUAAUAUCGAAUCGUGUUGUGACGAUCAGAAAAAUAAUUACAUUAUUAGCUUCAAUGCUCCAUUAAUGGUAAAUAAUCACACAAUUGCAACAAAUAAUAAUAAUAAUAAUAAUAACGGGUGCCACCAACUACUAACAGCGCAGCUAAACCAUGUAGUUUCACAGCCUAAUCAAUUUAUUUCCUAUUCGACCAACGCUAAUGCCUACUCUAGCCCUGUAGUUGCAGCUCCAGAUAUUGAUGAAUUGCUGAAGCAUGAAGACUGGGAUGAGAUUACACAUUUUAGCUUCUUUACUGCUCCAUAUCCUGGUCAUUAGAUUAAUGCAUGUUUUAUGUGUUUUAAUUAUUUUAAAACUUUGAUACUAGAAUAGAUUCUAUAGUAGAAUUGAAUAAUCGAUUUUAGUUGGUAGAGGAUUAGUGAUUACCACGAUGUAUUUUGAUGGUGUAUUUAUGGUAUUGACUGUUAUAUAAGUAUAUAAAGGAAUAAACUUAAUUUAUACAUUCGCUAU